AUGCAUCGUCAAUACGCCCCUCCGCGCGAACCCAUCCGCAAUGAGAUUGUCGUCGUCUUUGGCGAAUUCUGCGGAACCUUCAUGUUCCUCCUGAUGUCCUUCAUCGGCACCCAGGCCGCCCUCGACAACAACGAUCCAACAAACCCCAAUGCUCCUCUAUUCCCCUUUUCGCUCUUAUACGUUGCUUCUUCUUUCGGAGCUGCGCUGGCCGUCAACGUAUGGGUCUUUUACAGAGUGACGGGCGGCAUGUUCAACCCUGCUGUCACACUUGGUCUCGUUCUUGUCGGUGCAGUCAAGCCGAUCCGUGGUCUCCUCAUCUUUCCCGCUCAAAUCGUCGCCGGCAUUGCUGCCGCAGCAGUCACCGAUGCCCUCCUGCCCGGUCCUCUGCUUGUAGCCAACAAGCUUGCUUCCGGCACCAGCAUCUCCCGCGGCCUCUUCAUCGAAAUGUUCCUCACAGCGCAGCUCGUCAUCACCGUCUAUUUCCUCGCCGUGGAAAAGCACCGAGCCACGUUCUUGGCACCAUUGGGCAUUGGCCUCGCCGUCUUCAUCGCCCACAUUUGCGGCACAAACUUCACCGGGACUGGCAUCAACCCUGCCCGAUCGUUUGGCCCGGCUGUCGUCACCGACUUCACGGGCUACCAGUGGAUCUACUGGGUCGGGCCAUUGUUGGGCUCCCUUCUCGCCUUUGCCGUCUACACCAUUCUCAAGUGGUUGGAGUAUCACAAUGCCAAUCCGGGCCAAGAUGACGACAACUUUGUUAAGAAGACGCCAGCGGGCUUCAACAUCCCUACAGGUGAUAGGCAGUACAGCAACAGCACCAACGGAGCAAAGGAACACACACCAUCUGAGCCGCGAGAUAGUGGAGUGGUUCAAACUAACUCGGGACCACAGGGGUUCCAGGCCGUGUAA